UUUUUUUUUCCAUUUUAGGGACUACUUUUUAGGAAUAAACCAUUUUUUGUUAUAGUUAACAAAUGUUUAUGACUUUCAGAACCCUUCCACUGAGAACAGAAAACGAUAACAGGCUUUAAGACGCACCUUUUCAUGAAAAUAUUCUGUGCGGGCCUUCUUAGAUCAUGGAAUCUUCUCGUAUUCCUGAAGGAUAAUGGUAUGGUCCAGAACCCGCCCCAUCUUCUCUGUGAUUGGCAUUCCUUCCUCCGCGAUACUUGUGACUCUAAGCCAAUGGUCGCUCACGUUUCUCCAGCGAGGGCUAAGGGAUGGAGGAAGGUGGCCUGGAAGUCGCCCCCCACGCGUUCUGAGAUUGGCUACGUCGCACGGCGCGCGAGGACGGCGGGCCCAAAAGAUGGGAACUACGAGUCCCAGCUUCCUGCAAUGGGGACCCCGUUACGCAUGCGCAUAGGCGGGGCGGACAAGCGUCUAUAUAAAAGUGGCGCAGAGGGCUGGGAGACAGCAGUUGGAAGUUGGCAGGUGGAGAGGCAGGUUGGGAGGGGAAGUUGGGGAAGGAGGCGGAAGAGGAGCUGUGGGAAGGGGGAGGGAGGAAAAGAGGAGGAGGUGGAGAACUGAGCUGAGCAGAGCAUCGAGCCAAAGGGGAGAUGAGUUUGUCUGUCCUCGGAUGAGGCUCCGGCCCGGCCUAAGGAACUGGAAGCUCGGGUUGGAGCGACACCCGUGGAAGUGGGAGGAGGUGGCUCUGGGACCUUAACCCCUUGUGGGCUCUGCGGCAGGGGAUUUAACCCUUUGUGGAUCCAGCCCCUCGGAGGCAGCGUCAUCGGGUCGUUUUAACCCUUUCGGGGCUGGGUUUAACCCAUUGGACUUGACCUCAUCUUCUAGCCCAGCAAUCCCUCCUUCGUGGGGGCACUCUGAGGCGAGGCUUGAGGCGGACCCUCUCCAUACAUUACGUACUGUUCUGCUGCUGCACCCCCUUGGACCUGCUAGCUGGCCGCGCUGUGGCGUUUAACCCUUUACUGUCUUGAGCUCCCCCAAGUUGCAUUUGGAGUUUGCUGACAGGACUGGCUAAAGGCAUCACUGCGGGAAUUACCGAAGUGGACUCUGUGUUGGACAUUUUUUGAAAGAAAAGAAAAGCCUCUUUUUUCCUCAAGGACUUCCAGCCAAAAUUCUUCAAACUUCAAGAAAAGGACUCUGUUAGCCAUGGCCGAGCCACUAUUGCCGAAAUAUCAGCACCAGCCUCCAACCAGCAACUGCACAGGUGCUGAUGAUGCUGUCCAAGAAGAGCGGAACCCCGAUCGCCCCCCAGACGCUGAGGAGCGGGUGCCAGCGGACAACAGUAGGUGGCAAUCGAGAGCGUCCCCCCAGUCGGAUGGCCGUCCAGGGCAGGAGGGGGAAGGGAGCCUGGAACCCCAUUCGCCUGUGCAGACCCAGGUCUGUCCAGAAGCUGACUGCCCGGGAGCGGACGAAAGGGGUCAGAAUGGAGACGAGUUGUCCGCUGGCGGAGCACCCCUGCUGGCAGCAGGAGGGGAACCCAGGCCUGAGGCCGAACAGCUCGCCCAGCCUUGUCAUGACUCCGAGGCCAACAAGUUGGGGGCUCCUGCCGCUGGGGGUGAGGAGUCGUGGAAACAGCAGCAGAGACAGCUAGGCAAGAAAAAACAUAGGAGACGCCCCUCCAAGAAGAAGCGGCAUUGGAAACCAUACUACAAGCUGACCUGGGAGGAGAAGAGAAAGUUUGACGAGAAACAGAGCCUGCGAGCUUCGAGGAUUCGAGCCGAGAUGUUCGCCAAGGGCCAGCCGGUCGCUCCCUAUAACACCACGCAGUUCCUCAUGGAUGAUCACGACCAGGAGGAGCCGGAUCUGAAAACCGGCUUCUACCCCAAGCGGGCCGCCGCCAAAUCCGACGAUACCAGCGAUGAAGAGUUCAUGGAAGAGGCCGGAGAAGAGGAUGGGGGCAGCGACGGGAUGGGAGGAGACGGCAGCGAGUUUCUGCAGCGGGACUUCUCGGAGACUUACGAGCGGUACCACGCGGAGAGUCUGCAGAAUAUGAGCAAGCAGGAGCUCAUCAGGGAGUACCUGGAGCUGGAGAAGUGCCUCUCGCGCAUGGAGGACGAGAAUAACCGCCUGCGGCUGGAAAGUAAGCGGCUGGGUGGUGACGACGCGCGUGUGCGGGAGCUGGAGCUGGAGCUGGACCGACUGCGCGCCGAGAACCUCCAGUUGCUGUCGGAGAACGAACGGCACCGACAGCAGGAGCGAGGACCGCCGUCCAAGUUUGGAGACUAGACUGCAACUUUUUGGGGGGGAGGGGGCAAAGGGGACUUUUUACAGUGAUGGAAUGUACCAUUAUAUCCAUGUGUAUAUAAGACAGUGGACCUUUUUAUUAUGACACAUAAUCAGAAAAUGCCCUGGCUUUGGUUGGUUUGGUAAAUCUAGCUAUGAUGUAGCUUGCGUAAUUUCUCCUGUUCUUUAAUUAUGUGAAACUGAGGGAUGCUUUACUUUUCCUUUUAGAUUUUCUUUUGUGUGUGAGUAAUUUGACCAAGUUAUAAUGCAUUUUGUUAAAAAUUCUCCUUAAACAGAGCUAUAAGGUGGCCAAAUCUGAGAACCAUUAAAUUCAUUCUAGUUAUAAUAAAUUUAAUAUUCGUUAAUGUUACAUAGUUUUAAGUGUGAUUUCUAGAGCUAAUAAAAUAUAGUACUGACUUAUGCGACUGCAUUUGGAGGGGAUAAAGAAAUAAAAUUUGUUAAGUUUGGGAAAAAAUCUUUAAUGGAAGACUUUUAAAUCUGUAGUUUCUACUUGAAUGGGUUUUAGUGUGCUACAAUAUACAGUUCAGGCAAAUAUAAAGAUUUAAAUAGCUUCAAA